UUGAGUGCAAAAAUAAAGAAAAUGAAUGUGAUUUCAAGAUUAAGAGACCCUCUUACAGUUGGGCGUGUGAUAGGAGAUGUAGUUGACCCCUUUAGCCGCUCCAUCUCUCUGUGUGUUCGUUACUGCAACAAAGAGGUUAACAAUGGCUAUGAACUGAAACCAUCUCAACUCAUCAGCCAGCCUAGGGUUGAUGUUGGUGGUCAUGAUUUAAGAACCUUCUUUACUUUGGUAAUGGUAGAUCCAGACGCGCCUAGCCCAAGUGACCCGAAUCUCAGAGAAUACUUGCAUUGGAUGGUGACUGAUAUUCCAGCAACUACAGGGGCAAGCUUCGGGCAAGAGAUAGUGUGCUACGAGAGCCCGAGACCGAUCAUAGGGAUUCAUCGGUUCGUGUUCGUGUUGUUCAGGCAAUUGGGAAGACAGACAGUGUAUGCACCAGGGUGGCGUCAGAACUUCAACACCAGAGACUUUGCUGAGCUUUACAACUUGGGUUUACCGGUGGCCGCUCUUUAUUUUAACUGCCAGCGUCAGAAUGGCUGCGGUGGUCGCCGCCUUUAACGUUGCCUUAUAUAGUUUAUUUCCGCUUCUACUUUUAUGUUUUACAUUACUAAUUAUCAGUCGCCUCAGCUUAAUGUAAUAAACAUUAACGAAAGGAAAAAAAAUUAA